UGUUAUUGCUGCCGCUGUUUGGAUGAACUUCCCGUUGGCUCUCGAUGCCGGGCACCGCACUGUCGGUGCUGGCUCCUGCCACUCAAUGUCAUGUCGUAGAUGUCCCUGUAGAUGUUUGAGGCCUCCUUCUGCGAGCCCUGUUGUGAAGGCGCUUUGUUUGCUUUGCUGAUGCCAAUGCUGUCGUCCCCCGCCUCUCCCCCUCAUUAUCCCGCCCCCCGAUCAUGUCCUGUGUCGGAAAUCCUGCACUCGUCUUCGAGGUUUCAUCUGACUGGACAAACUCCUCCCCUCCCCCUCAUUCACUUUCUCCACAGCCACUCACCUUCUCACCGAUGCCUUCCAACCUUUUGCUCCCUCCCCUUUUUUUUUCCAUUUUCAUUUCAUUUCAUUUUUCAUGUUGUUCUUCCUCUUUCUCCCAUAUUUGAGAUCUCACUCUUCCGUCCUUGUUCUGGUAUGUGGAACAAUCUUGCGAUGGCCACGGCGCAGUUUUGCACCCCUCCUGCUUUUCAUCUUUCACUUGGUCGCGCACGCUCUCUUUCUCUCUUUCUCUCUUUCUCUCUUUCUCUCUUUCUCUCUUUCUCUCUUUCUCUCACCCUAUCGCUCGCUUGUUCCUUUUCGUUGCUGAAGGCAGAAUCUCUCUUCCAUCUCAAGAUAAUAUAAAACACGCUGUGGCUCCCUACCGGCCACCCUGUAUUUGACCAAGCAUGAUGCAGAGCCACAAAUGUGCGAUAUGUGAUGUUGCGCAUCGAUGGCUGUCGAAGGCAAUGAAGUACAUUCACGACUGAGACCAUCUUCAGGACUGUUCUUGGAGUGGCCCUGAGUGGAUACAGGCUCAUGGUCCUGCUUGCAAAGAGUGAACGUGUAUAUCUGGUCGGGAUGGCGCUGCUGUCUGCAGAUCCACCAAUCACUUCAUAAGCAGACUGAGGGGGUGUAGA